GGGACAUCCCAAAGAUCCGGGUCAACAUGCACCCGGCAAGCUUAUGAGCCAGCCGUCAUGGAGGCAGUGUACAGCCUCAUUGUGUUAGUCGCUUGCAUAGCUUCUCUACCACACGAAUCUCUGCAAGGCCCCCAUGAAAAACGUCUUUUACACAACCUUCUGGAUCAUUACAACGUUCUGGAACGUCCGGUUGCCAACGAAUCCGAUCCUCUCCAGCUAAGCUUCGGAUUAACGCUCAUGCAGAUCAUCGAUGUGGACGAGAAGAAUCAGCUACUAAUUACAAACAUUUGGCUAAAACUGGAAUGGAACGACGUCAACUUGAGAUGGAAUUCUACAGAGUACGGCGGAGUGAAAGAUCUCAGAAUUCCACCUCACCGGAUAUGGAAGCCCGAUGUCCUCAUGUACAACAGUGCUGAUGAAGGGUUCGACGGGACUUACCCGACCAACGUUGUGGUCAGGAAUAACGGCAGCUGCCUGUAUGUGCCGCCGGGUAUCUUCAAGAGCACAUGCAAGAUAGACAUUACGUGGUUCCCCUUUGAUGACCAGCGCUGUGAAAUGAAGUUCGGUAGCUGGACCUAUGACGGCUUCCAGCUCGAUCUCCAACUCCAAGACGAAGGCGGUGGAGAUAUUAGUAGUUUCAUAACGAAUGGAGAGUGGGAUCUUUUAGGUGUUCCAGGGAAACGGAACGAAAUUUACUACAAUUGCUGCCCCGAACCUUAUAUAGAUAUCACGUUUAUCAUAAUCAUACGGAGGCGGACACUCUACUACUUUUUCAACCUUAUCGUACCCUGCGUGCUGAUCGCCUCCAUGGCGGUGCUAGGAUUUACUCUACCACCUGACUCGGGCGAAAAACUCUCCUUAGGCGUCCCAGGGCGUCGCAGCAUGCGCUACUACAGCUGUUGUCCUGAUGACCCCUACGUCGACGUCACCUUCCAGAUUCUCAUUCGACGCCGGACUCUCUUCUACAUGGUCAACCUCAUUGUUCCUUGCGUCAUGAUCUCAUCCAUGACUCUGCUUGGAUUCACUCUGCCUUUUGAGUGUGGAGAAAAACUCACACUAGGAGUCACAAUCCUACUAUCUCUCUCUGUCUUUUCACUCAUGAUUGCUGAUGCAUUACCGCAGACUUCAGAAGCUAUCCCUUUACUAGGCACAUACUUCAAUUGCAUAAUGUUCAUGGUGGCUUCAUCGGUCGUGUCAACUAUAUUGAUUCUCAACUAUCAUCAUAGAAACGCUGACACUCAUGAAAUGUCACCUUGGAUCAAAUCGGUGUUCCUGCACUGGAUGCCGUGCCUGCUGCGCAUGUCGCGGCCGGCGGGCGGAGGCGGGAACGGGGGCGGCGAGGCGACAUCGGACAGUCGCAAGUCGCUGCAGAUGCGGGAGCUGGACGCCUCGCUCAAGGACCGCUCCAGCAAGUCACUCCUGGCCAACGUGCUAGACAUCGACGAUGACUUCCGACACGGAGGCGGCGGGGGCGGCACUCUCCAGUCCAGCAGUCACAGCUUCCUGCGAGGCCACGAGGACGGAUCAGUCCUGCACUCCUGUCUCGGGCCGCAUCGAGAACUCACGCUCAUCCUCAAGGAGCUGCGGGUCAUCACCGACAAACUGCGCAAGGAAGACGAGGCCUCCGAGGUCACCAACGACUGGAAGUUCGCCGCCAUGGUUGUCGACAGACUCUGCCUAAUCGUGUUCACGCUCUUCACGGUCAUCGCCACCAUCGCCGUGCUCUGUUCCGCGCCUCACAUCAUCGUCACGUAACUCAUGUCCCCCGCCUACCCCUCCACCAUCCUCUCGCUCUCGUUGACUCGGCUCCACACGCUUGCAUCAUAGCACAAGCUUCCGCUAUCAAAUAGCCUACAAUAACAAAGGUGCAAUUCACCAACCACACAUCUUCAAAACUCACAAUCGUACUAUAGCACAA